AUGAAAUCCUCCGGAUAUUGUCGUAGCCCUAUCAAUGAACAAGUAUCCAAGGCGAUUUAUAGGAAUCUUGACAACAGCCGUCAAGAAAUUCGGCUGCUUAGUGUCCACCCUCCUAUUGAUCCCGGUGCCUCACUUAGUUGCACCCUCCUGCACGCAGAGCUGAGUCCAGAUACUGCUUCAACUCGGCCAAGCUAUGAAGCGCUGUCUUACGUCUGGGGGCAUCCCGACCUUUCAGAGCCAAUCUCCCUCAACAGUCAUCCCUUUUGUAUUACGCCCAGUCUGAAAUAUGCUUUGACCUCACUCCGGCAAAGGCAUAAGGCUAGGGUCCUCUGGGUAGAUGCAAUAUGCAUCAACCAACUGAAUGAUAAGGAGCGCGGCGAGCAGGUAGGUCUGAUGAGGCAUUUCUACUCGAGUUGUGAGAGAGACAUAGCGUGGCUAGACCCAAUGGCUGCCAUGAGGUUACAGGACAAGACCCCUUACACUCCACAGUCCAUCGAAAAGGAAGAGCAGAGAGUAAAAGAAGGAAUGGAUUUCAUGAAAAGGUUCAAUCGAAAUGGUCAAAGGCUCAAAGCUACUCAAGAUUUAUAUCGGAUAAUAGGGAACCCUACUUUUACAAAGGUACAGAAAGCACUGGUAGCGCUAUUUGGAAGCCCAACUCUGUGGAGUCGCCUCUGGGUAAUGCAGGAACUUUCACUAGCACCGCGGGUAACUAUGAUCUGUGGUAGAGCUGAACUCGAAUGGUCUUGCUUGACCGACUUUCUCAAAGAUGAACCUUAUAUCGGUGCGUUCCAUACAGACUAUCCGACUCAUUCGAUGUCCUACUAUAGGAGCUUCAGCAAGGUCUUCCUUCCAGCAAAGCGGAUCGAAGAUCAGCGUCGGAUAUUGAGUCAACGUGGCAAGAUUACCUCAGACUUCCUCGAUGUCCUGACGCGUUUUAGGGCCAAGGAAUCUACAGAUCCGAGGGAUAAGAUCUACGGACUCCUUGGACUAGUAGCACCAGACCCUGGUAUUGAGGUCAAUUACACCCAGCCGUUGGUGGAUGUGUAUAAGAGAACGACUCUGUCACUCAUAAACUAUUCUGGGAAUCUCGAUAUCAUCUGCCAAAAUCCUUUUGAACUCUGGGGAGGUCCUAGGGCGCUUGAACAUUUUAGCGUGGGAGAUCUCCCUUCCUGGGCUGCUGAGUUUGACGCAAAACCCGAAACUUGUGUGCCAGUUCUUUUUGCACAGCGCGAUAUAUUCGCUGCUGGAAGUAAGCACUGCACGACUCCUUGCCGGGUUCUGGGGCACGGUGAAAAUAUGCUAGCUUUGAGAGGCGUGAAGCUAGGGAAUGUCGGACCGAUCCUCCAGAGACGUGUUAUUAUUUCUCCCGGCCUAGGAAAGCAGGAACUUACUGAAAGUCACUUCAAAAAAGGGGGUUGGAACCGAUUUAUUAGAAGUGAAGAAAGGGAAGCAGGAUUCUUAAUGGAGGUGUAUUUGGGCAAGGAGGCCGUACGAAACCCCGACAGUAGGCUCUAUGAGCCGAAGUUUGGUGGCAGUAGGAGUGAGGAAAUUCUUUCGGAGCCGGAGAUCCAAUUCUCCUCAGUAAGACCUCAUGGUCCGCACGAGUCUAUGUGCGAAACAGCCUUUUGCGCAUUUUUGCGGACCCUUUUCAGGGACUGUACGCAUCCGCCCCGGAUACGCCGCCUACGGGACUCAGAAAUUGCCUCUCUUCAAGUGCACAAUCGCGACUAUACCAGUCAAGGGUUCAUCGGCGGUUUGAAGAACUAUAAGGUCCGUGACAACUGGCGACUUUCCAGAUAUGCGUUUAGUCAUGAUCCCGAGGCUGAAGAUAAGAUGCAGUUAGCAUAUGUUGGCUACGCGCCGUACAACAGGGAUCUCAUGUUCACAAUGACAGAUAAUGGAGUGUUUCUGCUGGUGCGACCGCAUGUGCAGCAAGGCGAUAUUGUGGUGGUUCUGGAUGGCGCCAAAGUCCCAAUGAUUCUAAGGAAGGCUGAGUUGAAUCGGCAAGGCGGGGAUGACAUAGCGGUUUAUAGGAUUGUGUGUUCAGCCUAUGCGCAUGGUUUCAUGGAUGGCGAGGCAGGGGAGAUGGUUGAUCAGGGGAGGUUAGAAAAGCAGGAUAUCUUCAUUGUCUAA